CGACAGCCUGCCCACCAUGCCGUACGGAAAGACCGAUGAGCUCGCCAUCAACACCAUCCGAACCCUAGCGGUCGAUGCCACAUUCCAGGCCAACUCGGGCCAUCCGGGCGCCCCCAUGGGCAUGGCCCCGGUCGCCCAUGUCGUCUUCAACAAGUUCAUGACCUUCAACCCCAAGAACCCCAACUGGGUCAACCGCGACCGCUUCGUCCUCUCCAACGGCCACGGCUGCAUGCUCCAGUAUGCGCUGAUCCACCUGUUCGGCUACGAUGUCAGCCUUGACGACCUGAAGAAGUUCCGCCAAAUCGACAGCAUCACGCCCGGCCACCCCGAGUCCCACGACACUCCCGGUGUCGAGGUCACGACCGGCCCUCUGGGUCAAGGUUUCGCCAAUGCCGUCGGUCUCGCCAUUGCCGAGAAGCACACUGCGGCCGUCUUCAACAAGCCCGGCUACGAGCUGAUCAACAACCACGUAUACAUGUUCUUCGGUGAUGGCUGCGCCAUGGAGGGCAUUGCCAGCGAGGCGGCUUCAAUGGCUGGCCACUUGAAGCUCGGCAACCUCAUUGCCAUCUACGACGACAACCACAUCUCAAUUGACGGCGACACUAAGUGCGCCUUCACUGAGGACGUCUCCAAGCGCUUCGAGGCCUACGGCUGGCACGUGCAGCACGUGCCCAACGGCGACACCGACCUCGAGGGCAUUGAGAAGGCUAUCGCCGAGGCCAAGAAGGUCACGGACAAGCCCUCGAUGAUCAAGCUCACGACGACCAUCGGCUUCGGCUCUGUCCUGCAGGGUACCGGCGGUGUCCACGGCAACCCUCUCAAGGCGGACGACUGCAAGCAGGUCAAGGAGAAGUUUGGCUUCGACCCGGAGAAGAUGUUCCAGGUUCCCCAGGAGGUCUACGACAUGUACCACAAGCACGCCGCCGAGGGUGCUGCCGCCGAGGAGGAGUGGAACAAGCUCUUCCAGAAGUACGGCGAGGAGUACAAGGACCUCCACGCCGACCUUGCCCGCCGUCUGACGGGCGACCUGCCCGAGGGCUGGCAAAAGGCGCUCCCUACAUACAAGCCCACGGACGCUGCUAUUGCGUCACGAAAGCUCUCCGAGUCUGUGCUCGAGGCCAUCCACGACGUGGUUCCCGAGCUGCUCUCUGGUUCUGCCGAUCUGACGGGCUCCAACAACACGAGGUGGAAGAAGGCGGUCGACUUCCAGCCUCCUGAGCUUGGUAUUGGAGAGUGGUCUGGCCGCUACCUGCGAUAUGGGGUGCGUGAGCACGCCAUGGCUGCCGUGAUGAACGGAAUGUCGGCGUACGGCACCAUCAUCCCCGCUGGUGGAACUUUCCUCAACUUCAUGUCAUAUGCUGCGGGUGCCGCCCGUCUGUCUUCGCUCUCGCAUCAGCGUGUCAUCUACGUUGCGACGCACGACUCGAUUGGUCUCGGAGAGGACGGGCCCACUCACCAGCCUAUUGAGACUCUUGCGCACUUCCGCGCUCUGCCCAAUAUGAUGGUGUGGCGCCCCGCCGACGGCAACGAGUGCUCUGCCGCAUACUACAUGGCGCUGACGUCCAAGGGCACGCCUUCGAUCCUGGCCCUGACGCGCCAGAACCUGCCGCAGCUUGAGGGCUCGACGCUGGAGAAGGCCAUCAAGGGAGGCUACGUAGCGCUCGAGGACAAGGAGGCACAGAUUACGCUGGUUUCGACUGGUUCCGAGGUCUCUCUCUGCCUGGAGGCGGUCAAGACUCUCAAGGAGCAGGGCAUCCCGGCGCGUGUUGCUUCGCUGCCUUGCUUCGAGGUGUUUGAUGCGCAAGACAAGGAGUACAAGAUGUCGGUCAUCCCCGGCGGCAUCCCGUCGCUCAGCGUGGAGGUCAUGUCGACGAUGGGCUGGGAGAAGUACUCGCACGAGCAGUUUGGGCUGAACCGGUUUGGUGCCUCUGGCCCAUACAAGGAGGUGUACAAGAAGUUUGAGUUCACGCCCGAGGGCAUUGCCAAGCGGGCCAAGGCGACGAUUGACUUCUACAAGGAGGUCAAGCCUCUGCGGUCUCCUCUGGACCGGGCUUUCCAGCAGCUCAUCUGAGUGCGUGGGCAGCAGAGGGCGUGGCUGGUGCAAGGACGAGGGUGCAGAGCAUUGUCGUUGGACCACGAUGAGUGACAGAGUGAUAAGCGGCAGCCCGCUUGGACGACACGGAGGAAAGAUAUCAGCCGAAUGCAUAGAAUGUGUUCCUUGUGA